AUGGCUUCUACGAGUAAAAAAAAUUCUGCAGAGAGAACUCAAAAUACGUUUUGCCCUGAAGGUGGAGUCUGCAAGCACGGAUUCCUCAUCAAAUCACCACCUCUUCAACUGUUCAGCUCACAGAAUUCCUGGAAAAGGCGUUUUUUCAUCCUAUCCAAAUCCAGCAAGGGCAAUUAUAUCCUGAAGUAUCUAAAAGGCCAGAGCAUCAAAGGCUCCAUCGCUGUUGACCAAAUCAUAAGUAUCGAAGUUGGCAUAAGGAAUUCUGAAAUUAUGGAAACGGUGAGGAAGAUGUUUAAAUGCCUUCCCGAACAGGUGAUGUCCAUCAGUACAGAAAACAGAUGUUACUACCUCAUCGGGAGCAGCAGGCAGGAAACAGAGGACUGGGUCACCGUGAUCUCUUCAAUCUGCAGGGAGGCCAAAGGAGGUGGAUGCUGCCCUCAGAACCAAGAUCUUCCAGAUGCGGAAGUCAGAUGCCGGCCCUCCUCUUUGCCACUAUUCUUGAACCCUGUAGGUACAACCAGUGUCCCAGAAAGGCAAAGCUACCAGAAGGAGGACGGUCCCUCUGAAGACAAGAACAGGCCUAAUUCAGAUCCUGGCCCUCAUCAGACUCAGUGUGACUCACAAAGAGGAGUUGUUCCAAGCCUGGAUGAAGAAGACUAUUACCAAACUCCCAGCAGUGUUAUAGCAAAGUGCACUGCCGAAGUUUCAAAGCCUGGCCCUACAGUGGAGUCUGACGUCCCUGUGGAAGAGCAGCCUGUGCAGAAGAAUCCAGUAAAGGACAACAUUUAUAUGUCAAUGAAAUCACUUAGGUUGCUGGAUGAGAGUUGCCAGCUCACGUGCAGAUGUAAUGGGCUUCCUUCUCCUCCCAAACACCAAGACAAUGAUGCAUGUCCAGGAGACUUGAAAGCAAACAGAGAUCUAAAACUCCCAGAAAGCAGCACCAGCCAGCAGCCAACCCUCCAGAGAAGGCAAAAUUCAUUACCACUUUCAGUGGUUCAGUUGUCUAUACUGCUCAGUCAAGUUACAGAUGAGACUCAACUGCAGAAGCUGGAUAUUUUUGUCCCCCUUGCUGAUAUUAACAGUUACCUAAAACUUACCGAAGCAGCAGGACAAAUAUGUGUCUCACAGUGGACUGGUCCUUGCCAUCUGGGGUGUUUGUUUAACCACGGAGACCAUAUAGUGGCUGUGAAUGAUCUGCAGCCCCAGGGCGUGGAGGAGGCUUACUUCUUUAUCAGCAGAUCCACAAGGAAGGAGGUGAAACUUACUGUAUGUAGGAUUCCACAUUCAGAUAUCUUCCAUGUCAAAGGCUGCUCAUGUUCCUGA